AUGAUUGAUUUCCUCGGUAUUUACCCCAUGUGCUUGGACGACCGGCGACGCAACACGAGAAUUGAUCAGGGUACCGAUCUAUUGUCCUCUCACACGUACCCAGCCUUGACAGGGGAUCGUGAUUCCUCGCCAAUCGUGUCGUCUGACGCCGUGCCGAAUUCCACGAAAGUGAUAUCAGGAAUUCCAGCUCCGGAGGCUGGGCUAGUACCUGUCCCUUGCAUUCCGUUAAAACGGACUUUCGAUCAAAUGGAGUCUGCAAUGGAGGAAGCUUCAGAUUUAAGGCGAUUGUCGCCUGCUCCUUCAAUUCGAGCGCCGAUAAUUCGUGCAUCUGGCUUGCCGGAUAUACGUGAGCUCCCAUUACUGGACGACCCUGGGCUUCUCCCGUCUCCUGGACUGGCACCAAUUCCGGAGGAAAGUUCCGAGGACAGUGACGACGAGUACCUGACUCCAUUGAUACCCGGAUCAACUACCUCAGUCACUGAAAUUGAUUCGUUGAGUUCAACGUGGGAUCUGUCAACACCGCAUUCUUUGCCGCCGGCUCCAAUGAGCGCAACAACCGUGUCCAAUCCUGAAGUGGAUUACGGUGGUUCCGCAUCUCUACCCAUAAACUCCUUAUCACCAGACGAUAAUGAUGAUAAUGGAGACACAUCAUCCGCAGCAUCAACAAACGGUGAUUCAGACUCAGUAUUUGAUGAUGGAGAAUCAGACAACACAUCCAGCUACACAGCGUCAUUGCUAUCCGAUGUGAAAAACUACGCCUACGAAAAUGGAAGACGGUAUCACUCAUACCGCGAAGGCCACUACGUCCUUCCAAACGACGAACCAGAACAAGAUCGACAAGAUCUCCUCCACCACGUACGGAACCUCGUGCUAAACGGCCGGCUCUUCCGAGCGCCACUGGAUAGUAACAUCCAACGCGCUCUGGACAUUGGCACCGGCACCGGAAUCUGGGCCAUCGACUUCGCAGACAGCUUCCCCAGUGCCGAGGUAACAGGCACCGACCUAAGUCCUAUCCAGCCGUCAUGGGUCCCACCAAACCUCCGGUUUGUGGUGGACGACGCCGAGUCGCAAUGGCUGUACAGCCCAAGUCGGCCAUUUGACUUCAUCCAUGCCCGGGAUUUAGGCGGUGCUAUUGCCGACUGGCCGCGGCUGAUGCGCCAGAGCUACGAGCAUCUGCGUCCCGGUGGAUGGGUCGAGUUGCAGGAGUUUGAAGUUAUGCUCAAGUCAGACGAUGAUUCCAUCCGUCUUGCGCCGGCGUUGUGUGAGUUUCUUGAACGACUAACUCAGGCCAGUGAGGCAUUUCACCGACCUAUGAAUAUCGCCGAAGGUCACCGACAGCGGCUGGUUGAGGCUGGUUUUGAAGAUGUUCGAGAUGAGGUGUACAAGGUGCGACCAUCAACCCAGCCAUCUGCCUGA